AUGGACGACUCAAUUUGGCACGAUUUAUGCAAACAGCCAACACUCAAAGCCUCUUCUGAAAAAUAUGCACAUCUUGUUCACGAUUCCACCAUACAACUGCUUCAACCCAUUCAAUCGAUCUUGUCAGCUUUGGAUCGGCGCGCCAUUGGGUUGACCAAGUGCGCCAACUCUGAAUCGGCUCUUCGCGAUGCCAAAGUUAUGCAACACCUCUCGCCUUCUUCAGCACUUGGUUACUUACGGGAAGCCCACAUUUACAGUGAACAAGGGCAACAUCUUCAAGUCAUUGAUAUCUGCAACAAAGCUUUCAAUAAUGUCGACAACCAUGAUACGCACUACGCAACACUGCAGCAAGUCAAAGAGGAUGCUGAGCAACGCCAAAAUACAUGCAUCGACUUUAUCAAGCAACUACCUACCGACAUUGUUAUUACAACCCUCAUUCCCUUGUUGAUGGAUGAUUCCCCUAUGAGCUCAUCCACACCAAGCCCCUGCUUGUAUGUGUCCAAGCUAUGGCGUGAUCGUUUUAUUCAGUGCUUCAAUGGGCUAUGUGUCAAGGUUGGAGAUACCGAUGGCCACAAUGUGUCGCAUGUCGUUCAGCUUUCACGAUACAUAAGAAGAUUGAAAGUGCAACCUGAUUCCGAAGAUUCAUGGUUUUAUGAUUUAUUACAUAAUAACGACUUUUGCUCGCUACGGGAGCUAUACAUUGGCCUGGGCAGCACUUUGACACACUUUGAAAUCACGGUGCGUGGUGGGAGCAUAAAGGAGAUGGCUGAUAUCAUGCAAUCUUGCCCGAACUUGGUGUCCUUGGAUAUUGAUCAACCAAUGGUCCCGGAUUUUACUUCUCUAUCAAUGUCGACAUGGCCCAAGUUGACAACUUUAUCUCUUAUGUGCGAUUCUGCGAUAUUUCGAGAAGUCUUUACACGCGACCAUUUAAGAGCGAUCCCCAACCAUUUUCCAUCACUUAAGAAGCUUUCAAUUUCUCCAUGCGAAGAUACCCAGAUGACACGUAUUGUAUUGGAUAAUUAUCCCUGGAUGAAGCGCUUGGAGCUUUCACAUGGUCCUGACGUUCAUCUCACGUACCUGGAACAAGGAAAUCCAUGCAAUGAGAUUGGUAUUACGGAUCUUUUGAUCGAGUCGGACCGUCGGGAAUUCUUUCCAUGGGGUUUUUUGGCUCAAGAAUUACGACAGCAUCAAAAUACGCUUGAACGUAUCGAAUGCAAUAUGUACCUUGACGAUGAAACAGAAGAAGAGGAUGAAGACAUACUCGAUGACGUCAGCCCUAUCGAGUACACACGAUUGAGGCUGCUUGACCUUUCUUGUUUUGGAUGGUGGAUCCCACGCAAAGCGCCUAUGCUAGAGGAGUUGAAGAUAACAGCAUUUACCAUUGAGGAAAAUUCGGCUGUACUUGAUACGAUACCACCCAAGUUGAAGAAGCUGGAGCUGAAUCUUGAUGAUGAUUUUGGCUACACAGCACCCCUCGAACGAUACUUGCAUGGCCUUGCACAGCAUUCUCAGUUCAAGGAGCUUGUUAUCCGUUUCUACAAGUUGAAAAACAUCGACAACAUCCUCAACGCAAUCCAUCGUCUUGAUCAUCUUCAACGCCUUAUGGUCAGCUUUUCAACAAAGUGCGAUUACUAUCAAAUGCAGAAGUUCAUUGAUGGGCUUGUCAAAGGAUGUCCAAGGUUGGCUUGUCUUGAGAUCCAGUGCAUAAACGCACCAUCGACAUACUCUUUGAACGCUUUGAAACAGCUUGAACAUUUGGAGCGAUUCGCAUUUUCUAUCAAGGGUAUGGGUGACAAUGAUGGCUUUUGGAAUAUGAUUCAAGGAAUGUCACAGCUCAAAUGUAUUCGGAUAUACCCAGCAAGUGCAGCCAAAAUGGAUGCCGUCCGACGUCUGCAGGAACAACGGCUUGACAUGAAAAUUGUUCUUGAUCGCUGGUUCACACGCUUUGAAGAUACCUUGUAA